ACUCCUUCUUAUCACUCGCACACCACCGCCGCCGCUGCCAUCGUCGUCGCCUCGAACACCGUGCGUCAGUCCACACCGACGCCGCAUCGACCGACAACGCGGGCAUCUACUGCACCGUGCGCAUCACUCACCUCGACGACAACGCGCGCGUCUCCCGGCCUUCCCCUUCCCUUCACCUCCCCCCUUCCAACCAACCAACCCCGGCGCCCCACCGCCCCGCCUACCCACGUCUGCCCAUGGCCAGCAGCACCGGCACACCGUCCCGUCUGCUGCAUUGAUUGAUCGCUUGCUUGCUGCCCCGCACGCCGCUCCAUCGACCCUCGCCAAACAACAAGCCAUCUCAUAUCAACACGCCCAGCCGCUAGCCUAGCGGCUGCUGCUCUCGGCCCCAGAUGCCGUCCUCGCUCCUCCGCACAGGGUUCAGUGCGCUGCGCGACCGCUCACGCGGCGCAGUGGCUGCGCUCCUCGCCGGCGGUAGCGCUGCCUCGGGCGCUGUCUUUGACGGCGGCGAUGGCGACGACGCGCGCAACGGGCUUGGACCCAACGGACUGAGCUCGCUCGUCCACGGCCCAGCCUGGUCGCCAGACACGCUCACCGAUGUCUGGCGCCUCUUCUUCUACGCCGUCGCCGCCGCCUGUUUGCUUGCGCUUGUCGCCAUCACAAAGCCAACAGACUCGUCGUUCCGCUCGUACCUCACCGAGCUCGCCUUCCGCCGCCAUCUCAUGCACAUCCGCUCGUCGGAUGAGCCCGAGACUGCAGCGUCAGCCGAAAACUCGUCGGGGAAUGCCUCGCCCUCUGGCAGCGGUGCCGACACGCCGACGAUCGCGCCGUUCCGCUUCGCCAACCACGUCGCCAUCACGCUCCGAACCCCAUCGCUCAACUACCGCUCAUACUUCUUCUUUGCUCUCGCCUUUUCCGCGGCGCCAGGCCCUCCUGCCUUCCUCUCGGAUCCGGUCCUCGCAAGGCCCUCUAAACAAUCGUCUGGUGCUCCCCCGCCAGAGCCCGUCAUCUCAUACCUCGGCGUCCUGGGCCACUGGUUUGUCCUCGGCCCAGUGCCGUCAUCGUUCCAGUGGGCAUGGCGUCUCCUGCAUCUGUCCCGUCGCGACAAGGCGAGGAAAAAGUCGUCAAUCUUGGACAAGCCAGGCGUCAUGGAAAUGCGCGCCGUGCUCGCAAAGGACGAGUCUCCCCCUUCCGCCGUCCGACCCUCGGCCCUGGUCCCCAAGCUCUUGUUCAAGAGCGAGUCAAGCAAGGACCUCGCCGACCUGCUUCCCCUCCACUCCCAGUCCGCAUCGUUGCCGCCAAGCAACCUGGGUGCGAGCUCUCGUCGCGGGUCCAUUGUCAGCUUGGUCGCUACUCCGCCAACGCCACCACUAGUGGCUGAUCCAGUGUUUGAAAUCUCUUCGCCUGUUCUAACAGCCCUCAAGGGUGAACUCUCGUCCGCUCAGGCUGUGCUUGCCGAGUUGCAGUCACAACUUGCGGCCCACGACGAGUCAGUCGCUACCGCCCAGGCCCAUCUUCAAUCCACCGUCGAUGAGCUCCGCCAACGCCGCAAAGAGGACGAUGCCGAGCGCCAGGACCUCAAGUCCAAGGCAAAGACAUUGGAAGACCAGAAGCGCCAGGCAGAGGCUGCACGUCGCGAGUCGGAGAAACGACUCAAGAGUGCAGAGUCUGCCCGUGACACGCUCCUGUCCAAAAUGUCGGCUGCCCGCUCUGAAAUAGAAGACCUCAAAGGCAACAUGGAGCUCAGCGGCAAACACGUCAAGAUUGUAAUUGAAGAAGGCGCUCUUCACGUCAAGGAGACACGUGAGGCAGUAACCAACAAGAUCACAGAGCUCGGUGACAUGGAAGUCACCGUCUCAGAGCUCGAAGCGACAAACGACAUUUUAGGAAAGCAAGUGCGAGAGGCAGAGGACAAGCUCAAGACUGCCGAAGCUGCCCUGGAAGACUCGCGCAAGAUGGCCCCCGAAGAGGAAAUGAUGCUCAUGGCAGCUGCAUACGAAGCUGCCGCCUCUGAAGGCUACAUGCACGGCCAGCGCCAGAACAAGACCGCCGACAACCAGUGGGCUUCGCAGGCUGCAGCCUACAUGGCUGAAGCCGGCAUGCCUUAUCUCGACCAGUCGUACACGGCCCGUCCCGCUCAAACCGCUGCCAGUGGCUAUGGUCAUCUUGCGCACGGCAACUCGAACAGUUCGUCUUUCCGCAACCUCAACGACGCGCGCCAUGGUGCUGCGGCCGCCGACAUUGCCGGCUUUGAAGACUUUGGCCCUGGCAACUCGAGGUCUCUUGCUGCGCUCGCUCAAGGCAAGGUUACCCCGCCUACCCGCGACGAACCCGAGGACCAAGGAUCGCCCCUCAGCGUGCUGUCGCCCUCCGAGUUCAUGGACAACUGGCUUCCCCAGGGCCUUGUGCGCUCACUCGAGGGGGACAUCACCCCUCUUGACGGUGCCGGCUCCGAGGCUGAACCCGAGGAUGACGACGACGGCCUUCUGUCGACGAUCCACGACGCUCUUCGUACCGGUCCGCCCGCCAACGGUGGUGACUCUGGUUCGGAAUCAGGCGAGGACUCGCCCCGCUGGCCCACGUCGGCUGGUUUCGUGUCCACUGGUUUCGAGCGUUCGGAUGACAGUGCUGUCACCGGCGCUCGCCGUGUCACCCCGACCUCGCGCUUCCCGAACGUUACGCCGCCGACCCACCUUGGUGGCUCGUCCUCUACGCUGCCCGGUGUCAACGCGCUCCCCAACUCGCGCCGCUGGUUCUCGUCCUCGCCCUCGUCUGAAAACGUCUCGUCUGGCUUCAACCUCUUCCCGUCUGGCGUCGCCAACGUGGGAUCGAGCGACUCGCUCCCCCUCGCCAUGGGUGGGUACGAGUCGCUCUUUGCUCCCUCGGCGUCCGAGAAGCGUGCGCUCAAGUGGCCGCUUCUCGGCAAGGCGCGCUGGUCUGGAAACGGUAACCGCUCCAUCUCUGGCCUCGAUGAGAUUGCUGCCAACCUCAAGGAGAGCCAGGGUGCCGGCGGGUCCAACUUUGGCAUGUCGCCCCCUGGUUCAAACGGCCUUCUCAGUGCCGAGGAGCUCUUCAACCGUGCUCCGGUCAAUGACAACGAACGUGGCAACUCGCUCGAAGUAGCGCAAGGCGGCGGUGGUCACCAGUGGCUGUCGUCGCGCUACUUUGAGAAGCGCUCGGUUGUUGAUGAGGAGGGUGGAGUCGGGUACGACGGCGGAGCCGACGCCGAUGUCGAGGGAGAGACGGGACGGGCGCCUCCAGAGCGCAAGCCUUCGUUCCGAUUCUUCUCCCUGCGCAAGGGCGGUGGUCAAUAGCGCUAGUGAUCCUGAUGCAAAUUGUCGUGUCGAA